AUGGCAGAAGAACAAAAAAUCGAAUUAACCGAAACUAGUAAUGCCGAAGAAAUUGAGGCUACUUCUCUUAAAUACGAAGAAAAAUUAAAAAAGGAACGAGAAGAAAAGAAAGUUAAUUUAAAUGCUUAUUUAAAAGAAAAACAAAAGAGAAUAGAUGUGGAAGAAGAAAAUAAUCGUUUAAAAGAAAAAUUAGAAAAGAAAACUAUGGAAGGUUUACGAGAAAAAGAAUUAGACAGAAAAACCCAAAGAGAACAGAAUAAUUUAUUAAAUGUUUUGUUUGGAGAAGAUUUUAAAAGAGAAGUUAAUGUUAUUCCUUUCCGUUUAGGAAGGAUAAUGGAUACUGUCGAAUAUGAAAUCACUAACGAAGAAAGAUUUGAGGAAGCUUUGGAGAGUGAAACAGCUUGUAAAGAAUUUACCCAAACCUUAAUUGAACAAACAGCCGAAAACAUUGAUUUACGAUUAGAGGAUAAAAUUCCCCAAUUAAUUUCUAUGCUCCAAGAGUUAUUUAACGGCUCUUCUAUUUUAAAAAAAAAGAGUAAUCAGUUUAAUAAAGGUUAUCCCCAAGACCCUGAUGAUAAAAGUUCUGAUUACACUCCAAUGGAAACCAAGAUUAGGAGCUAUAAAAAAAUGAUCUGCUUGAUUGACAGCAAAGCCAAAAACACUAUUGACAUUGGAGGCUACAAAGAUAAUGUUAAUUUCCCAGCUUUGGAUUUAGAAAAAAGAUUUGGAGCUGAAAAUGUUUUAGAGGACAAUUUACCAAAUAAUUACGGUAUGCUAGUUUUUGACGAAAGAUGCUUACAGUUAUACAAAAGAGGAAAACAAAAAGGUUUUCGUCAUAAAGAAGAAGCUGAAAAUGGUAAUCAGUGGCUAUUUUUAAACCCUGUUAUCCAUGGUGGUUUUAUCACAGCUUUUAAUGCUAUGGCUUGGAAAAGGAAAUUACAAGAGCAAGUUCAAGAACUCAAUAAAAAAUUAUCUCCAAUUAAACUCGAAAAUAAAGAAUUAAAAGACAAAUUAAAAAAGCAAGGACAAAAAAGCCAAGCCUUACAACCUUUAUUGGAGAAAAAAAUAGCUGACUUAGAAUCUCAAUUAUUAAAUUUAGCCAAGCAAAAAAUCAAAGGCAAAAAAGAGGCUGAGGAAUUAGAAGCAGAAAUCUCGGUUCUUAGAGUUCAAGAAAAAGAUAAACAAAUAAAUAAUUUUGAAAGAGGAGAAAAUAGAGAAAGCCAACGAAUAACUAAUAGUGAAAAGCCUUAUUCGACCAUUGAUUUAUUACAUGCCAAAGUAGACACAGGUUAUAUUGGAGUAGAAAAAGACAAAGAUGGUAAUAUUGUCAUGGGAGAAGAUGAAAACAGCAAAGAAACAGAUCAUGGCAUUAUUGACAAAACUAUUUAUACCCAAGAGCAACCUAUUCUUAUUCAACAAUUAGCUCGAAUUAUUCCUAGUUACAGUUUAGUAGAAAAAAUCUAUAAUGAACAAGAGCAACCAGUCAUGCCAACUUGGUAUUUAGAAAGAUUAUACCGAUACAAAAAACGAAUUGGUAAGAAAACUAAUAAAGAUGAAACUGACCAAGCAAGAUUAGAAUUAUCUUUACAAACUGCUGAACAUUUUCGGAAGCAAGGAGUAAGAUUACCUCAAAUCUUUUACGUUCUGCUAGGUAAGCCUGGGGUCGGUAAAAGUGAGAUUAGUCAAAGAUUAGCCCAAGCUCUCAAAAGACCAAUCCAAAUUAUUAAUGUGGGAGGAAUGGAUGAUGGAGGAGAAUUAGAAGGCAAACGAGCUACUUUACAAAGUGCUAACUAUGGGAAAAUGAUGGAAGCUUUUGUGGAAAGAAGUUUUUUAGCUGAAAUAACUAUUGAGGACUUGGAGAGAGAAAUCCAAGAAAUUAAAACUAGAAAGGAAACUAUUAAUCAAGGAACCGAUAAUCAAAAAAGAAUUAAAGAAGGUAAAGAGCCACGAAAAACCAAGAAAAAGGCUUAUCGUUCCCGAAGUCCUGUUAUUCUUUUGGAUGAAUUUGAAAAAGCUAGUCGAGAGGAUAUUUUAAAUGUGAUUGGUAAAAUCACUGACCGAGAACUUAAUUACACUUUCUUAGAUAAGUAUUUUAAUUUUAAUUUAGAUAUUAGCCAAGCUGUUAUUUUAUUGACAGCUAACUAUUUAGAAAAAGUGCCUCAAUUCGUUCAAGACCGAGGAGAACCUGUCAAUAUUGAGUUAUUAAGUUAUGCCCAAAGAAAGAGAAUAUUGGAGAUUAUCUCGACUAUCUAUUGUCGAACUUACGGAAUAGCUCAUUUAAGAAAUAAGAUUAGUGAUAAGUUUUUAGAAAUGUGUAUUACUGAAACUUGGGGAAUUCGAGGAGGAAUGAAUAAUCUCCAAAAGGGUGAAGCAAGACAUUUAACUCUAACCAAAAGGAUUGGAAUUGAAAAGAGAACCAUUAAAGAUCCUGAUGACCCUUUGGGAGAAAAAGAGAAAGUGAUUAAGGAAAUCAUCACUGGCACUGACAUAGAAACAGACAAACCUUUCGUGGAAGACUGA